GCGAUGGGCUACGUGGAGGCGGUGAAGGAGGCGUUCAAGGACCACAACCCCGCGACGUACCAAGACUUCCUCCGCGUCAUGGAUGAUUUCAGGAACCACAGGAUCGGCAUCGCCGAGGUGGCGUCGAGGGUGAAGGCGCUGUUCCGGGACAGCCCCGGCCUCCUCGUUGGAUUCAACGCCUUCUUGCCCAAGGGGUACAAGAUCCAGGUCGUGGGGAUCGAUGAGCUCGCCGCUUGUUUCGUCAGGGACGUGAGCCUCGACGAUGACGGCUAUCGCUGA